AUGAGCAAAGAGGAGCGGAGAGCCGUCCAGGACAAGCAAUGUGCCGACAAGGGAAUGCCGUACGCCAAUCCUUCUACAAGCCCCCCAGGAAGGAGUGAAAUUAUGGUGGUUUUAGUGGACUCACGGCCGGCUUACGAGGCGAGGAACUUUCUCAAGCUGCUGUGCAGCAAGGGCAUACAUCGCACUUAUGUUCUCCUUGCCGCCAUUGGUCCCAUUCUCCGCACUGUGAACUCCGUCUUCCUUGGCGCCCAUGCUAUGCUCGCCAAUGGCGCUAUAUAUGGCCGCGCUGGAGCGGCCAUGAUAGCCCGGGUCAUGCUUGAUAGUAUUCUCAGUAACAAGAUCAGCAUGUCCCAAUCAAAUAUCCCGCCGGGUUCAUACCACCAUCUCUUCAAGUUGCUGUCUACGUUGCCGACUGCGCCCCAAGAAAAUAAAUAA